GUGACCUGGCUGCUUGAUCAGGCCUCUACCUCCGCGUAACGCUGCCGACGCGACUCAGGAAUUGGAUUCUCGUGUACAUCCCUGCUCUGGACGGACGCCUAGCGAAAAUCGCGAUGCGUGGCGCCGCCCUCGCUGUGUUAUGGGCAUCAAGCUGUGCGUUGGCUUUACAGCCGAUCAGCCAGCCGCAGACGCAGCGACGCACCAUCCAAAACGCGGGCACGCUCGACGACGUCCCCGACGAACCACGAGUCGACCGCCGAGCGGCGCUGGUGGGCGGCGGCCUCCUCGCGGUGAGCGCCGCGGCGAGCGGCGAGCCUCAACCGUAUGAUUAUGGCCUGUGGGGCGUCCUGCCGGUGGGACCGUACAAAGCGAAGCGGUCCGCACCGCUGGAGACGAUCGUACCCGGUCAGGUCUGGACCAUAGACCAGAAAUUCGGCAUCCUGAACGUGCAAGUUCCAGUCAGGAUGUCGAUCGUGAAAUUGAGUGGAGGAGGCCUCUGGAUCCUGAACCCGAUCGCCGCGACGCGCGAACUCUUGGACAUGGUCCGCUCGCUGGAGAGAGAACACGGCCCCGUCAAGCACGUCGUGCUCGGGACCGUAGCCAUCGAACACAAGACGUACGCCGGCGUCUUCUCUCAAAAAUUUCCCCAGGCGACAGUGUGGCUCCAGCCGGGGCAGUACGACUUUCCUCUUGAUCUACCUCCGGAGUUGACGGGCUUCCCGGUCGGAAGGACGAGAGUCCUACCGGUGCUGACUCUGCGUGAAAAAUGAACUUGAACUUGCCGGGGUCGCGGCGAUGGCGUCUUCAUGAGACCGCACCGCCUCGACGCCGUCGACGUGGCCGCGUGGGAGUCUACGCGUCUCGUCAGGGAGAGUUCCGCGACGGCGUCGUUCCGCGCAGGCAUCGUCGGCGGACACCCCAUGGGCCCACGACUUCGAGCAGGCGACCUUGGGGCCCUUCAUCUCGCGGGACGGCGCCUACGGCGAGACGGCCUUCUUCCACAAACCCACGAAAUCUCUUUUCGUCACGGACGCCGUGCAGCAAGUCUCAGCAGACAUCCCGAAGAUCUUUCUGCUCGACGAAGCCGCGAAGAAGCCUUUACUCUACCAUGCCCGCGACGGCAUUCUUGAUAGGAUCGACCCGUCCGAUAUGAAUCAAUUACGAAAAGGAUGGCGCCGAGUACAACUUUUUGGUUUAUAUUUCAUGCCUGCUGCUAUUGAUAUUCACUCCGUACCUCAGUCCUGGUCAGAGCGGCGGCCGGACGUCAAUGCGGACUUUGCCGGUAUCUACCCGUGGGACUGGGCGCGGGAUGAUGUGAAAGCGUUCCGGGCUUUAUCUGGUGAUAGCAAAGAUGCUUUACUGGUCGCGCCGAUCAUCCAGACGCUCAUACUCAACAGAAAUCCGGUGGAGACGCUGGACUGGGUCGAUGCUGUCUGCAAAUGGGAUUUUAGGCGCGUCGUGCCCGCGCACCUCAAAAACAAUAUAGAGGCCGGGCCGUCGUCGUUCCGGCGGGCCUUCUCCUUUCUUACCGAAGAGGGCGAGCCGGCCGGCCAGCCGAAGCCUCGGAAAGACGACUUGCAAACUCUACUAGAUGCGGAGAAGUCGCUGGAAUCGAUGGGGGCCAUCGCGGCGAAGCCUGGUCUGGUGUCGAAGACCAAUAGGGCCGAGGUCCUCGCGCGGACUACCUAUCGGUGUCGCGGGGCGUUCUGCGCGCCGAGGAGUAAGUGACAUG